AGGAGUCUUGGCACGUUUGCCAUGAUUCGUCGCAUCUUCCUCGAGGAAGGAUACUCAGGCAUUUACGCUGGCCUCCGACCCACUCUAGUCAUGGCGAUUCCAAACACAGUCCUUUACUUUUCCGCUUACGAAGAGUUUGUUGGGAGUCUUCGUCAAGGUGCAGAAGACCCGUCGGCAAGCUGGAUUCCUCUACUAGCCGGUGGUUCCGCGCGAUUCUUGGCGUCAACUUUGACUGCACCAUUUGAGUUCCUGCGUACUCGCGAAGCGUCCAUGGUCGGUCAUGACAGACCUGCAUUGGGUAUGACGGUACAAUUUCGUGCCAUUGUGAAAACGGACGGUGCUGGUGCCCUGUUUCGGGGUCUCCGGCCGACACUGUUGCGGGAUGUUCCCUUCUCUGCAAUAUACUGGCUGUGCCUCGAGCGCUUCCGGGAAAGCUGGCAACGGCAAUCUACCGUCGCUCCGUCUCCGGUAGAACAGGCUGGGCAGGCGUUUCUGAAUGGAGCUACUGCGGGAAUGAUUGCUGCUGCUUGCACGACACCCUUUGAUGUUGUCAAAACGCGACAGCAAGCCGUCUCCGAAAGUACAACCGUCACGUUCACAGGAACGCUGGCACAGAUGCGGAGUAUCAUCGCUAAGGAAGGUGUGGCUGGAUUGUGGCGAGGUAAUCAAGCGCGUAUGCUCAAAGUCGCACCGGCAUGUGCUAUUAUGAUCUCGUGCUACGAAUUUGGUAAACGCGUUCUUGAAUAG